AUGCGUCUCGCAAUCACUGCAGUGCUCGCCGCAGCGUUUCUGCGCCAGACUCUCGCCGCUCCUUACCCAUUCCCAAAUGCAACGGACAUGACAAACACAACUCUCGACGCACCUUCCGGUGGCCCUUACGUCUGCCAACACAUCUACCCCUCCGACUUGACCGUGGUCAAUUCUCGCUACCCCGAUUACGAUGUUGACCACCUUCACCACACGAAGCGAUUCUUCAUGCUUCGCCGCCAGGAAUCGGGUGAGGGCGAGAUUGCCACCCGCGUGCAGUUUCUGGGACUGCCCCCGCAAGAAUCCAACACAACGUGUCGGCUCGAGUUCGUUCUGCCCAGCGAAGACCUACAAAAGAUCUCAGGCGUCAACCCAAGCUUCAACGUGUAUCAUGUGAACGUCAAACCAGAUGCAAGCGCGACUUGGAACACAUACAAAGGCAAUGAUGGAGCAGACCUGUUUGGCCGCGUCAAUGGUGAACCGGGGGCGCUGAAUAAGACAAGGAGUGCUGGUGGUGUAGCAGCGAUCAACGAGACGGCCUGCAGAGACGUACUCACGUUCCAGAUGGGCAUGACAUAUGACGGAAGAAAACUGCCGAACUAUUGGGAGUUUUCGAACGUAGCCCCUCCGGCUUCGCCAGUGCAAGGAUUCAGAAUUGUGUAUGGUUGCUGA